GAUUGUUGCAGCCGCCCCAGACAGGGCGGCCCGUUACCAAGCGAGCAGAGACUGCACCGCGCAGGUUCUGACAACGACGCCAGCAGCAGCGGGCUCUGACAGGAGCAAGAACACGGCCUCCGAGAACACGGAACCUCCGGGAAAACUUUGAAGAUCCCCGGGUUGAUCAGCGGAGUAGGAUUCCAGGUUUCCAGUGAUACGUCUGUGUAGUAGGAGAUGGCGGUGAAUGUGUACGCAACGUCUGUGUCUAUUGACAACCUCAGCCGACAUGACAUGCUGGCCUGGGUCAACGAUUCUUUACAGCUCACCUACACUAAAAUUGAACAGCUGUGUUCAGGAGCGGCGUACUGCCAGUUUAUGGACAUGUUGUUUCCUGGUUGCAUUCUUCUGAAAAAGGUCAAAUUUCAAGCCAAGCUGGAGCACGAAUUUAUACACAACUUCAAAGUCCUGCAGGCGGCGUUCAAAAGGAUGAGUGUGGACAAAAUCAUUCCCGUAGAGAGGCUGGUAAAAGGGAAGUUCCAGGAUAACUUUGAGUUCGUGCAGUGGUUCAAGAAGUUCUUCGACGCCAACUAUGACGGCAAGGAGUAUGACCCGUUACUAUCCAGACAGGGGCAGGACGUGGCCCCUGCCCCCAACCCAGGUGAUCACUUUAGCCACAAACCAAAGAGAACCCCAGGACCACAGAGGACGUCUCCCACAGUUCCCAAAAACAUGCCAACGCUACAGAGAGUCCAACACAACACUCCAGUCAUGAGGAAGAAUCCGCCCUUGUCCAGAAACGGAGGCAGCGAUGCUGAGAUAAUGGAGCUAAAUCAACAGUUGAUGGAGUUGAAGUUGACCGUAGACGGACUAGAGAAGGAGAGAGACUUCUACUUCAGCAAACUACGGGACAUCGAGCUGAUCUGCCAGGAGCACGAGAGCGAAAACAACCCCGUCCUCAGCAGGAUAAUUGACAUUCUCUACGCAACAGAGGAAGGCUUUGCGCCUCCAGAGGAUGAACUGGAAGAGCAAGCUCACCUGGACCAGGACGAGUACUGAGCACUCCAUCCCUUCUCGAACUUGACCUUGUCCAUGUCCUUUGUUUUCCAUUCAUUUAUUUCUUUUUUCUACUCUUUCUUUGUCUCUGCACGCUUUCUACCCAUCCCAGCUCUCUCUACAUGUUUUUCCAUUUCUGUAACCUCCACCCUCUGGAUAUAAACACAACUUACACACUAAACACAGUAACGACAACAGUAACCAAACACAUAACCCAUGUACUAUAUCUGUAUGAGUGACACAGUAAUAUGGAGCAGAGGCUGGAAACGGAGGUAGUUGAAUUUCAGACUGUAAAUAUUACUGAGAGAAGAAUGUUUUUUCUUUUUAGUUUAUGCCUGUGACAGAGGUGUUUAUUUAGCCUGUGUUGCACCGUUAAUAAGACUAAUUGAGCACAGAACAAACACGGCUCCCAUGUGCCAUGAGCUCACUCCCUGAGCGAUUAAAACCUGUAAGAAGAUUAACCAUUUUAUUCAUAGUUUUCUAUUUAUUUAACUUAUAUUUAAUUAAGAUGACUUUUCUGUAGCUAAGUCGAUGCAAAACCUACUGUAAAUGAACGAAAAUCCAAGUUUGGGAUCAGGAUUCAGGUUUUAUUUUUGUGGUUAAUUCUAUAAGGCAUGUGGAAAACAAAUGGGUUCUGAUCAGCAGCAUAUCUGAGCAUGAGAAUGUUACACAAAUGACUGUGAAUGAGUGAUAUUUUGUAAAUGUGUCUUUUAUGUGGAGAUUUUGUCGAAACAAUCCUGAUCAAUCGCCUCCUGCGGAUUGACAACGCUGUCAUGGGUGAUAGGGGGAUUUAGUGUUUUUUAUUUACUGAAAUGACACUAAAGCGGUACGUGACGGACCAGGUGGCGUUUUUAUAAUAAAUCAAACAGUGUUUUCUGCUUUUGUUUUGCUUUAGAAAGUUGAACAGAAUGUGUGAAAGAAAAGUGACCUGUGACCUGUUGACAGGUCACUGAAGUGAGUGCAUUGUUUUUUCGUCCUUCCUCUGCUGUUCUUCUGAUUGGCUAACCGGCUGAUGUCUGCCCUGGAGCCUGCAUUCUCGGACCACCAACAACAUAUCACUCAUUAUAUAAGUUUUGAAUAAAGGAGCAGUUGUGAAAGGAA